AUGUCUCUAAAACGAAUUCCUAGGGAUGUAGAGAAUAAGAUAAGCGCAAGUAGUGAUAACAAAAGUUUUACGAAAGCAAUAGAAGAAUUGGUUUACAAUGCGUUUGAUGCCAAAUCCACCUCUAUAGCUGUGAGAGUAUUUAUACAAGAAGGUUCCAUCCAAGUUAUCGACAACGGAACCGGCAUUCUUGGCAAAGAUUUUAAGUUUUUAGGCCAUAGGUAUUACACGAGCAAGUUUAGAAGUGAAUUUAAUUCAGAAUGCUAUGGCUACCGAGGUUUAUCAUUAGCGAGUAUAGUAGAGGUUUCACAAAAGGUGAGGAUAACAUCGAGAAACCAUGAUAAUGCAGAAUGUACGUACACUAAAACUUUUAUUGAAGGCAAGGAACAAGAUUUUAACGAAACGUCUACGAGGCCGUCGAAAGGAACUACGGUGGACGUUACCGGGUUUUUGUGGAACUUUCAUAUCCAAAAGGACUCUAUAAAUGUUACCAACGAAAUGAGUCGUAUCAAGACAUUCUUAGAACGAGUCUCUUUAGCUCAUUGCAACACUUCCAUAAGCUUGAGAGAUGACUCUAUUAACGAAAUUAUAUUCCAAAUUAACAAACAUAGAGAUGUAACUCAGACGUUACAAACUCUAUAUCAAAUUAGAUCACAAGACAUUCAAGAGUUGCAAGUGGAAAAAAAUGAAUACAAAAUACACGGUUUCUUAGAAAAAACUGUUGAAGGCGACAAAAAUUAUCAUUUUAUUUAUGUAAAUGGGCGAUUCAUUAGGAAUAUUAAACUGCAAAGUAGUAUUGAUAAGAGACUUAAAAAUAACAAUUAUAAUAGGGUGACGAAAAGAAAGCAUGUCUUUGAUGAUGCAGAAAAAGCUACAAAUAAGAAUACUCCGUUUUACUUCAUUUUCAUAAAAUGUCCAUAUAAAGACUACGAUGUUAGCCACAAUAACGUAACAUUUAUUGAAUUCAAAAACUGGGACACAAUUGAUAAGCUUGUAGAGAAGUUGAUAAAAUUUUAUAAGGGUGAUCUCAAAGUUAAAGAAAUAAGUAAAAGUGCUUGUAAGAAAAUAUGUGAAGUUUCUAACGAAGAUUCACGAAAACAGGUUAGACGAAUUAUGCAAAAAUUUUUAGAUAAUAGUGCAAAAAAACCUAAAAGACUGCGGUUAAAAACUGGUGUAAUCGGUAAGAAUGCUACAAGGAAAGAUAGCAAGAAAUCAGAGAACUUGUCAAUUUCAGAAAUAGUUUCCAACCAGUUCAAAUCCAGACUUAAUGAAUUUUAUAAGAAAAAUCCACCCCACCUUAAAAACAAUUUAUCUAACAAUCGAAUACUAUCAAUUGAAAAUAAUAAAGAAAAAUAUCUGGAAAAAGAAGAAAUAGACAAUGAUAUUUAUAAAACACAAAAUCAAGUUGAUAUUAAAAAUGUUCAAAUAAAAUCUAAAUUUUUACAUGGCACUGAGCAAAAGAAAAAAGAUACUAGAAAGAAAAAACAAGGAGUAAAAGAACAAAAGACCAAUGUAGCGAAAUUAUUGCAUAAAAAUAUGUACACAGAACAAUCAAUACAUACAAUUGAAACAUUUAAAAGUCAUUUUAGGAAGAAAGUCAGAAGAAUGUCUCAGAUCACAGAAAAUCAAUAUCGAAAAACUCCACAUUUGGCAGAGCUUCAAGAAAGUUAUUAUAAUACGAAUAUCUACGAUAACUUUGCUUCGAACUUGCAAACGUUUUCUGAAGUUUUGGAACCAGGUGUCCAAAUUCUACACGAUUUGGACGUUAAAGGGAUUCGACAUGUUAUUAAACCUUCUUGUAAUGAUCCCAUUUUUGACGAUAGCUCUUUGAACGAUGCAAAGGUGAUAGGUCAAGUGGAUAAUAAGUUUAUCGGAGCAAAAGUAACUGGAAGAUAUCCUAAAAUUAAUAUAAAAUCAGAAUUUUUGGUAUUAUUUGAUCAGCAUGCAGUAGACGAACGUGUUCAACUCGAAAGUAAUUUAUCAGAUUAUUUUGAUGGCAAUGCAUGGAUUAGUGUACCAAUAGAUAAUUUGCAACUAAAACUACCAAAAGACGUUAUAGCAUAUUUACACAACUACAAGGAAAAAUUCAUUCGUUUUGGCCUAGACUGGGCAUGUGAUGAUGAUGUUGUUUCCAUCAGAGGUAUACCAAAAGCCAUUCUUGGAAAGCAUUUCAGACAGACCGAUGUUAUCAUGAAAGCAGUAAAAAGUUUAAUAUUAGAGGAAGUGGAAGCUAUCAAAUCACUUAAAGGAAAUGUUUUUCUAUAUCCGAAAUCGAUUAUGGAUCUUGUUUUCAGUGAGGCUUGUAGAUAUGCUAUAAAGUUUGGAGAUAUACUACGAAAGAGCGAGUAUGAAAACCUAUUAAAUGCACUCUCAAAAUGCAAGUUACCCUUUCAAUGUGCACAUGGGAGACCAGUGAUGGCUGUGAUGAUGGAACUAUCGUCUGCGAGUUACGAAUAUAAGAUAAACAUGGAUAACUUCAAGAAAAUAAAACCAAAAUUAGCUAAAUACUCAAAGUGAUUAAAACUUAAUAUCGUUUUAUUCAUGUUAAUUAAUUUGAGAGUAAUGAGAAUGUCCAAAUCCCACCUUAUGAAGAGGUAUUCUUUAAUAUAUCCUACGAAUCUA